AUGAAGCAUGAUAUUCCCGAGAUGAAGGAUUAUGCAGAGGAUAUCGAUGCACUACUGGUUUUUGUGCGUCCGCCGCUACUCUAUCUUGUCGCUGGUUUGUUCUCCGCUAUACUCACGGCGUUUGUCGUACAGACCUACCCGAUGCUCACCGAGGACGACUCCACCACCACGAACCAGCUCCUCGCUCUGAGCGUCUCCGCCCAGCUUCGCGCGACGGGCACCAUUAUUCCCUCUACCGUGAACUCGACGCUUGCCUCUAUCCUUGACACCGCCCCAUUCGUCCCGUCUACCGCCGUGCGAUCGAUCAACAUCCUGUUCUUCAUCAGCCUGGUGCUCAGCCUCGCCGCCGCGCUGUUCGGCAUCCUCGCGAAGCAGUGGCUCCGCGAGUACCUCAAGUGGAACUCCGCCCUGGCACUCCCGCGCGAGAACGUCCUCGUGCGGCAGGCGUGCAUCGAGGCGUGGGAGGCGUGGCACGUCGCGGCCACGAUCCUGUCCAUCCCCGCUCUCCUCGAGCUCGCCAUGGUCCUCUUCCUCGUCGGCGUCGUGAUCCUCCUCUGGACGCUCGACGACGUCGUCGCCAAGGUCGUCACCGUGUUCGCGGCGCUGUUCCUGCUCGUCGCCUCGGCGUUCACCGUCCUCCCGAUCUUCUUCGCGCGCUGCCCGUACAAGUCGCCGACCGCGUGGGCG